AUGUUUUCAUUUCUUACUCUUUUCUUAAUCACUCUUGCUGAAGUCACAUUCAAUUCUGUAAUUCAAAUAGAAAAUUACGCAACAAAGACAAAACUUGGUAUAGUUUAUGAUGGAAAUGACGCCAGAUACAAAAAACCUACAAUCACGACUACAAAUCCACCAUUUAAUGAUGAUUGGAACUGGAAUAUUAUCGAUCCACACAAUGCUAAAUCAACAGAAAUUGUUCACUGCGGACAAAAAAUUUACCUUUAUAAUGCAUUUCACGAAAUGUAUAUUAAUGUCAGGAAUGACGAAUCCCAAAAUAAGAAUGUUGUCUUCGCCUCUAAGGUUCCUAAUGAUAGAAUGUCUUUAUUCUCAAUAGAGUGCAAAGAACAAGGUAAUUUACACCAGAGAGAUGAGUUCUUUUUGAAGAGUGAUGAUGCAAACUGCUAUUUAUAUACAACAUUUAAUGCAGAACAUCCAGAAAUGCCUUAUGCUUUUUUGGUCAAUUGUUCGUCGAUCAAUACUAAAAGCAUCUGGAGUGUCGAAGGUGGCAUAUUCAUAUUACCUGAAGUUGAAGAGUCUGAAACUCAUUCUGACGAAUUGUAA